UAAAAAUGACCAAAAGAAGUACAUUAAAGUUUGUUGCGGGGUACAUUAAAACAAUAGUUAGAGACACACAGAGAGGGGAAGGCCUUUGGCGGCCACGGUUAGGCAGGAAUAUGGAAGAAAUAGCUAACAAAUGCAGGGAUAUGGUGAUUGGGAAUCAGGAAGAAGAGUUGGUCUUUGAUGAAGGAAAACUGAUACAGGAAGAGAAAGACAUGGAUGAGGAAGAGGCUCUGAACAGGAGUCCUCGGACGAAAGAAGACGAAGAGGUGGAUGAAGGUCUGAUGAUCCGUCCUCCUCCUGAGCCACCGCCGAGGAUGAUGCUUGAAGCAGGGAUUUGUUUGCUCUGUCACUUUAUUUUAUUUAAUCUCGCUUUACUCUUUUUGAGGUUCUUAGGCAUGAAUACUGUCGUUGUUGUUUUUUGUAUUGUUUCUUUCUGCCAGACUCUUACAUUAGGUGGGGGUGGUGAGGGUUUUGCUCUGGCCACGUUAGGCUCAUUUAGACCCAUUACUGGACAAGCGAAUCAUAUUGCUCUAGAUAAGGUGAUUGGUUCUCCAGUUGGUCCGAUGGUUGGUGGCUGGAAGUGUUUCCUUUAUCAUUUGUAUCCCUUGCUGAAUGUUUUGUUAUUAAUAUAAGCCGCUAGUCCUUGUUUCAAAA